UUACGCCACUCACGUUGAGGGUAAAUGAAGCCGGUAUCUUGGGAGAUGAAUAAGACAUAAAUCCGCUUUAAAACAAUAACAUUUUACCAUUUAUUAAUCGCAGCGUAGUUUAACAUUUAUUUGUUUAUUUAUUUGUGAGUAUGGAUUACACGGAUCAGAGUGGGUUCAGACAGCGUAAGUUACAAUCCACGGCAAGGAUGAGGGCUCCUGGGGUCGACUCUGGUGAACCCCGUCAGCUUUUUGAUGACACCAGCGCUGGUCAACACAACUCUGGACCUGGCAGCAUGGGCUAUGCAGGAAAUGCCAUCCUGUCAGAUCCCAUGUCCAAUCUCGCUAUGGCAUAUGGGAGCAGCCUCGCAAACCAGGGCAAACAAAUGAUGGAUAAAAAUCUCGACCGUUUUAUCCCCAUCUCCAAGCUGAAAUAUUAUUUUGCUGUGGACACCGUUUAUGUUGGCAAGAAGCUGGGACUGCUCGUGUUCCCCUAUAUGCAUGAGAACUGGGAGGUGAGUUACAGACAGGAAACUCCAGUAGCUCCACGCUUAGACGUCAAUGCACCGGACCUGUACAUUCCUGCAAUGGGUUUUAUUACGUAUGUCCUGGUUGCAGGCCUGGCCCUUGGCACUCAGAACCGCUUUUCCCCUGAGAUCUUGGGGAUGCAGGCUAGCUCAGCCUUGGUCUGGCUCAUUAUGGAAGUUCUUGCCAUUCUUCUCAGCCUUUACUUGGUCACAGUGAACACAGAUCUCACCACCAUUGAUCUGGUGGCCUUUUCUGGAUACAAAUAUGUUGGGAUGAUAGUAGGAGUGUUGACUGGGCUGCUGUUUGGAAGGACAGGAUAUUAUCUUUCACUAUUCUGGUGCUGUACGUCUAUUUUUGUCUUUACGAUUCGAACACUGAGGUUAAAGAUCCUGUCCGAGGCGGCUGUAGAGGGUGUUCUGGUCCGAGGAGCCAAGAAUCAGCUGCGAAUGUACUUAACCAUGGCCAUUGCUGCAGCACAACCUGUGUUCAUGUACUGGCUAACUUUCCACCUGAUUAGGUAAGGAGAGGAUAUACACAGCAGCGAGCAGUGAACAUGAAGGACACAACCACUACAGCCAUGACCGAAACAAUCGUUGGGUCAUCCUAGGAAGAAAUGAGUCUAUUUGCACAGGUGCAAACAAAUGAACAAACAUUACGAAGGCUCACAGUACAACAGUAGCUGCGAUAAGUCAGUUACUUUCCACAUGUACAAUUAUAAGGACUGUUUGCUUUUUAUGUUUUUGUUUUUUUUUGUAUGAUGUCCAGUGCAAUUAUUUGAUUCAUAUUUUUUUAAAAUCAGUUGAAGUACAGGCUGAGAAAGUAUAUUAGAGCCAGUAUGUGUAGUUUACUCCAGCACUCAAGUAACUGUUAAUACCAAAUGCCUGUCUUUGUUUUUGACCAUGUUCAUUUGUGUUCGUUGUACGUAUAUGCAUUUGUCUGCUACUGAUUUAAAAAAAAUGCAAAAUAUGUUUGUAAUAUUACUGCUGUAAAGUGCUUUAAAGGACUGAUUCAGAUGGUUCGCAGACAGAAGCCUGACACUCGCUGUUUGUAAUUAAAACAGUUUCUACUUUG